CAGGCGUUGGGAUCUGAGUGCCAUCUUUCCCUGCAGGCCUACAACAUCCACGUGAACGGGGUGCUGCACUGCCGGGUGCGCUACAGCCAGCUSCUGGGUCUGCACGAGCAGUUAAGGAAGGAGUAUGGAGCCAACGUGGUGCCAGCCUUCCCCCCAAAGAAGAUCUUCACGCUGACCCCAGCGGAGGUAGAGCAGCGACGGGAGCAGCUGGAGAAGUACAUGCAGGCUGUGCGGCAGGACCCGACGCUGGGAGGCAGCGAGACCUUCAACAGCUUCCUGCGCAAGGCCCAGCAGGAGACGCAGCAGAUCCCCACAGAGGAGGUGGUGCUGGAGGUGCUGCUCUCGAACGGGCAGAAGGUCAAGGUCACCAUCCUCACCUCAGACCAGACAGAGGAUGUCCUUGAGGCUGUGGCCUCCAAGCUGGACCUGCCAGAUGACCUGGUUGGCUACUUCAGUCUCUUUCUAGUGAGAGAGACCAAGGAYGGAGCUUUCUCCUUGAGGACGGUGUCAGAUAUUGAGCACGGAUGGAUCCUGGUCAAUAAGGARCAGCUCCGACAGCUGAAGUCUCUGCAGGAAAAGGUUUCCAAGAAGGAGUUCAUCCGCCUGGCACAGACCCUCAAGUACUACGGCUAUCUCAAGUUCGAGCCCUGCGUCACCGAUUUCCCCGAGAAGGGCUGCCACGUGGUUGUCAGCGCUGGCAACAACGAGCUCAACUUCCAGGUGCGGCUGCCGAAUGAGCAGAUCAAGGAGGGCAGCUUCAAAGUGACCCGCAUGCGCUGCUGGCGCGUCACAUCCUCAGUGCCAAUGAGCAAUGGCCCCUCUGGGAGCAGCCCUGGCAAGUCCGAGGUGAAGCUGGAGUUGGCUUUUGAGUACCUGAUGAGCAAGGACCGGCUGCAGUGGGUGACCAUCACCAGCCCCCAGGCCAUCAUGCUGAGCAUCUGCUUGCAGUCCAUGGUAGAUGAGCUGAUGGUGAAAAAAUCUGGAGGCAGCAUCCGUAAGAUGUUUCGGCGGCGGAUGAAUGGGGCCCUGCGGCGCUCAGACAGCCAGCAAGCUGUGAAGUCACCGCCACUGCUGGAUUCACCUGAUGCCUCCCGGGAGCCCAUGGCCAAACUCUCGAGCAAGCUCACUUCUGUCAGUCUGCGUGGGAUCAGCCACUCCAGCUCUGCUAAUGAUGUGGGUACUAAUGACUUCCAUGGCAAUUACGCCUUCGAGGGCAUCGGCGAUGAGGAUCUGUAGUGCCCCCCUUCCCAGGACAGCCCCAGCCUUCGCAAGGGCCUUCGCUGAGGAAUGUACGACCUGCAGCCAGGUUGCAAUCAACGUGCCUCUCGCCUGCUCCAUCCACCUUCCCCCGCUCCCGGGGCUGGGAACUCGCCCCCAGCCCGCCAUUGCCUUUGGGGUGGGGGCAGCUGAACUCCUCCUGCUGCUGGCUCCAGCUGGGAGAGGGCUUGUUCAACCUGAGCAGCGUGCCUGGAGCAAGCCCUGGAGCAGCAGKGAGGGCAUGGCCCGGCGUGGGGCAGCUGCCCCAGGCAGGCUCCAUAAUGCCAAAUUAGCAUUGUUUAGGAUUGUGCUCUGAGACAGAGUGCAGUCAGCUGUCUCAGGGGGCUCCGUGCAGAGCUCCCUCUAACCCGCUCAUAGAUGCCAGCGUAAUCUAGGCUUGUAAUCACCUAUCUCCUGCUGCUCAGCCUGACAGAGCAUUAACGGACAGUAACUGAUGUUUACACACUGCUACGUUGAUUAAAACGGAUCCUGAUUGGUA